AUGAUGUCGAGCGAGCUGAGAGGAGAAGGCGGGUGCGCGCCGGGUUGUGAACAGAGGGGUGAAGUGCAACUCGGAGAAUCGCGAAGCGCAGAGGUACGUAACGACGAAGGACAAGGCGGGGAAACUCGAUCGUAUGGGGUGUCUAGUUUGGACGAUGGAGAUGGAGAUUCCCAAAUGAGGGAUGUCAACUCCAUGGAGGGGGUCCAUAAAAGAUACGCGAAAAAAAAGAAAAGGAAAAAAUCCUUUUUUUUGCCAUUCCUGAGUGAGAAGUCAACGAAGAAGAAGGACUGGCGCGAUGGAAAUAUCAUAUCGAUUUUUGCGUUUUUCCUAGUGCUGUACAUCGUAAGGAAGGGAAUUAGCAAUCUGCAGGAGGUGAAGGAAGGCGCAACCGAUGGGGACCGCUAUGGCGAAAACGGUUUUACGAGUAGUGGGAGAAAAGGGGGGUCGUCCGUGAAGCCAUACUUCAGCAGAAACGGAGAUAGUGAGAAUUUCCCCUUUGAGGACGACGAGUUUAUUUACAUCCCCAACAGGAAGAGCGACAACACAAUACGUUUGAAGAAUGUCGCAGGAACGGAAAUUAUAGACAACAAUUUUUUAAGCGUGUAUUCGGAAAACAUGAAGUAUUUAAGACAAACCAGUUUGAAUUAUUCCCUUCAUCAAAGAGCACUGUCCACAGAAUGCUACGUUUAUUUCAGGAGCUUUCUAAAGCAAGCCAUCUCCCCACAUAGCUUAACAAAAGCGAUAAAAAUCGACAAGGAGUAUAUUUACCCAUGGGAUGUCAUCACACAAGAAGAUGUGGAAAAAAUUAUUGAAAAUGCAAAAUUUUACGCAUUUUUAUUCACUUGGUUUAAAAAUCAUCGAAUGGCACAGAAGGUAGAUAAGAGGCCAGAUAUAUAUACACAUUUUUUUAAAAAGAAUGACGUGAAGGAACCAAAUUUUUAUGGUAUUCACUACACGUGGUUAGGUCAUGCUACCGGAUUGGUUGUAGUAGAUGGGUUCAAAAUAUUAGUAGAUCCCGUUUUUAAAAUUGAGUUGCUAAGUUUGAAGGGAAUAACCAGAUCGUUAAUAAAUUGGAUAAAUGUAAAAAUUAUGGGAGGGUUAGGAGAAAGGAUAACAAGGUCGCCAUGUAACAUAUCGAACCUACCUGAUGAUUUACAUGCAGUGUUCGUUUCGCAUAAUCAUAAUGAUCACAUUAUGGAGGAAGACGUUCGAAUAUUAUGCAAGUUAAAAAAAUUCCAGCAUGUCUUGUGGUAUGUACCAGAAGGUACAGCUAGCUUUUUUUUGAGAGAAGGUUGUAAGGCAGCCAAAAUUUUUGAGCUCUCCUGGGGUGAUGAAAGAUGGGUUUCUUGCUGGAUUUCUCACAAGCAAUUUCAAUGUAAGGAUGGUAUUUGGAAUAGUAAAAAUGCAGAAAAGCAAGUGUUUAAAUAUAAGAUAAUUUUUGCUCCUACAUUGCACUGGUCAGGUAGGAAGGAUAAUCUUAGUGAUAUUAAUCACACUCUGUGGGGGUCUUUAAUAUUGAAGGGUCCAAAGCAUCGUUUUUAUUUCUCUGGGGACACAGCUUACUUGAAAGAAAAUUUUGAAGAGUUUAAAAAAAUCGGACGUUUGCAUGGCCCAUUCCACUUAGCCGCAAUUGCUAUUGGAGCGUACGAACCGAAUAACUCUUUGAAAUAUCAUCAUGUGCAUCCUUGGGAAUCGGUAAAGAUAUGGAGGGACAUAAAGGCAGAAACGGCCAUCGGGGUUCACUGGGGGACGUUCCGAUUAUCAGCUGAAGAGUUUAUGCAACCUAGAGAUGAGUUAGAAGCAGCCCUGUUGGGGGUCGGGUUGCACACGUUACGUAAUUCGAUCCUACCGUUCGAGAAAAGAAAAAUGGAAAUCCUCAAAAAGUAUGCCAUUAAGAACGACAAUGAGGAGGAAAACGAAACGGAUGACUUGGAGGACCUCAAGGAGUAUUUUUAUCCCCCCACGGAUGAAAACGCACAUGAGUACACGGACAGUUUUCAUUCCCUUUUCUCCAAAAAUAUGAAUCUGUUUUAUAGUGACAUUGAUAAAAAUUACGUCAAGCAUAUGUACCAACAGAAGAAGCUGUAUGCAUCUACGUACAAUAGAUACAAGCGAGCUCUUUUUUUGCGUAACUCGAAGAAGCUUCCAAAAAACUGGAAGAAAUUGCUCCUAAAUUUGUCUAUACGCUUUCAAACCAUCCCUAUUGGGGGUUCUAUGGAAGUCAUUUCGAAGGGGGACAACACCAUAUCGAUGACGAGGUCGACUGAAUAUAAUUCCAUGCAGUACGAGCACUACACCUUUCCCAAGUGGUACAACGAAAAGGAGAAGGAGGAGACGCUCAGUCAGAACUCCCAUUCGCUGGAGGACUUGAUGGACUUCCACAUAGUCAGUUAG